AUGCAAUCUCUGUUUGGCUUUCAUGAAACCCUAGAAGUGGUUACUAAUAGAGUUCCUGUGCUGGCUGCAAAUGCAUCUGACACACAGAAAAUUGCCAACACCGAAGCCAAGAAGAAGUAUUGCAAGGUUGUAUAUUGCAUUCAGACGGCGGUCGAUACGAGUAACUUUAUGGGAGAAGACGAAAAGGUUGUAGAGUAUGUGUUGAAGGUGCAGAAACUCGUCCAUCUCUUGAAGGGUUAUGGUGAAACCCUAACUAACAAGAUAAUAGUUAAGAAGGAUUUUCAAAAGGAAAGAAGUUCAAGAUUCGAUACAAGCUUUGCAGGCUCUGUCAUGGAAAAGAAUGGUGGUUACAACAAAUUCAAAGGCAAAGUCGACAAGACUCAGGACAAGAAGCCUUGGUUGAACUCUCACAAGCAGGUCAAAGAUAGAACUUCUGAAUCCUCGAAAGGAGAAGAAGGAAACUAUCGAAAGGAUAAAGAAGAUAAGAAAGGUAAAGGUGUGCAAUGCUAUAACUGUAAGAAGCGUGGUCACUUGUCUAAACAUUGUUGGUACAGGAAAGACAAUAGAUCAACAAAAGGAGGGGACGAAGGAGCGAACCUUGCACGACAAAAUUUAGAUGAUUCUGAAGGUAUGAUGGUUAUGGCUGCAGUGGCAGAUAACCACAUCGAAUCCAAGAUCUGGUUUCUCGAAUCAGGAUGCUCAAAUAACAUGACUGGUCAAAAGGUGUGGUUGACAUAUUUCGACGAGUCGAAGAAGAGAAAGGUAAAACUUGCAGAUAAUAGUUCGUUGCAAGCAGAAGGUACUAGCAACAUAGUUUUUCAAAUGAGUAAUGGGGGGAAAGCUAUGAUUAAAGAUGUGAUCUAUGUACAUGGAAUAAAGUGA